AUGUUUGAGACACUCAAAAGCUGGUUCCAAGGGGCUGAUGCGCCUCUUAAUGAGAAUAAGUGGGACGCUAACACUGUCACCAUGCAACAACCUAAUAGCCCAGCUGCUCCUUCGAUGAACCAGACCGUCACUGAGCAGCCCGGUGGCGUCGAAUCCAUGGGAGUUCACAUGCGGGGUGGUGAUGGUGGCGAUCUUUGCUGCGGAAUCUGUGCUGGUCUUUGUUGCUUUGAGUGCUGUGAGUGCUGCUGCGGAGACUGCUGCGGUCCCGAUGGUCCUCCCGGUCCUCCUGGCGGACCCGGUUUUGGCCCUGGCCCUUGA